AUGGAAGCUACAGAGAUCACGACUGCACCAGAUACCAAGAGGAAAAGUGGAAGAUUAAGCCAACAAGAGAAAUACAAUUUUCGGACAAGUUCGUUAGUGAGUCGUGUACAGAGUGAACGAAAAAGAAACCAACCGAAACAACCAAAACCGAAAUCACGACCACCACCUUUGAGUAAAUAUCGGAGGAAGACCGCAAACCACAGAGAACGAGAGCGAAUGCAAGACAUGAACGAUGCGUUCGAAGCAUUGCGCAAGGCUGUUCCGGGUCCCGGAGAAUCCGAUCCGAAACAAACUAAAGUGACAACGUUAAAAUUAGCACUGGACUACAUAGCAGCACUGCGGAAUGUUCUAGGAUAUGGAUGUGACAGUUCAGAAUCGGAUACCGCAAGUUCCUCUCGUGGCUCAGAAUUUUCAGAACAAUCAUCGAAUGCGGAUAAUUCUCAAUGUGAACAAAUGUCUUGUGAUAUUCUGAAUUCUGAUGGCGAAUCGUCCAGUCUUUCAAUGUGCGGAGUGUCUUCUAGUGACGAAUCGUCUUCAAAUAACGAACUGGACUUUACGACGCCAUUCGACCUUGGUGACGAUCUGUGCAUCGACUUCGACGUAGACGUGGCGUUGAUGCUGUAA